GGAUGGUGCGGGCUACCUCACCCUUGAACAACUUCUAAGGCUCAGCGGACUGCUCAUAGCUGUGGCAGCCGCCGGACGUGUCGUACUCAACCUGCCGCCGCUGGCGGCCCGCGGCAGCGCCGCCGCCGCGGCCGCCGUCGACCGCACCUCCGCCGUCGCUGGACGAGCAACUCCCGCGACGACUCCCGCCCUGCUGGCGGCGCAGGACCCAGCGGCGCCGUCAGCGGCUGGCGGGGGUUUUGCUGACGGCACCGUGGCGGCGGCGGCGGCGGCGGCAGCGGCUGGCGGCGGGGAUGUGGAUGAGAGCCGGUGGUUGUUGGAGUCCGCUCUACGUGGGGCCUUUCAACAGCACUGCUUGCCGGCGGAGGUCCCCCGGGGGCUCCCGGCUCGUCUCACAGCCGACCGCAUGGCGCUCGUCGUACAAUCCGCCGCGGUGUACAUCACCAUGGCGGUCGUACACCGCGCCACGGCUACCGUACAUCUACACGGGCUCCACGCGGCAGCGCCCCCCGGCGGCGACACGCACCCGGGUCAUCACCCGCCCCCACUUCACUCCCCCCAUCACCACCACCACCGGCGAAGCCACAGCCACAACCACUUCCACAACCAUCAACAGAACAACCACCUUCAUAGCCACCAACUGCAACUCGCGAUAGGCCGUAGGAGCUUAGGUGGCGGUGGCGGUGGCGGGCACUCGCGUGUGAGCGCCUCGCCGCCACCCCGCUCGCCAGCACACAACCACAACCACAACAAGCAGCAGCCGCAGCAGCAGCAGCAGCAACAGCCGCUCCGGUACUCACUCAGCAGUCUUCGACCGGGCGGUGGGGCCGCCGCCGCGCUGUCAUCUUCUUCUCGCCCACAGCGCUCGUCGACGCCGACAGCGGCGCCACCGGUAGCGGCAGCGGCCAACGGCGGGACCGGUAAUAGCUACAACCUUACCGCCACCACGUUGCAGCUCGGGGGGGCCGUAAACGCCCUGUCGUACGGUGGCGGCGUCGUUGCAGCGGGGGCGACGGCUGCACCGCCACUGCCGCCACUGCCGCAGCAGCUCCAGCAGCAGCCUUCCGAUUCUUCUUCUCUUGGACGUGGCUCCAUCACACAUGUACAGCACCUGCCGUACGGCAUGGGCGACGCCAGCACUUCAAUCUCAUACCACGCCCUUGGCGGCGGCGGUGGCGGCGGUGACGGCGUCACAUCCUUCGGCCGCUCCGCCGCGGGGCCCGCGGCCACGGAAUUCCUCGCCUCACAUUCUUCCGGAGUUUUACGGCAGCGAUCAUCUUCCGGGGUGGCGGCAGCGGCGCCCUCCACGUCAGCAUCUGUGUCCGUCGCCUUGGCGGAGCCCGCCAACUCAGCUGCCAGUGGCCAAUCUUGGCCCUCCACCGCCGCCGCCGCCGCCGCCCCCAACUCCUCGUCCUCGUGGAUUUGGACUUGGGCAUGGGCCGGUUGGAAAUCAGGCUCCGCCGCCGCGCCCGCCGCCGCCGCCACUCAAGGCAGGGGCGGCGACAGCGUCACCGCCACGCCGCGGCACUCACGCUCAUGGGUCGGUAUCAGCGGCGGCGGCAUGUUGGCGGCGGCGACGUCGUACGCUAGCGGUGCGAUUUGGGGCUCGCGGCGGCCGUCAACUACUGCAGUGGCGGCGGUGACGGCGGCGGCUAGGUCCCCUGCAACGGAUAUGCAGGUGGGUGUCCAGCGUGUUCUUGGACUCGACGGGGCCACUCCCCCUGCCUCCGCGUCGACGGCUUCGGUGGCGGGGUCGCCACUGCCAGGCUGUACGGCACGUCAGGCGUUAAUGGGGGUGGAGGGACUGCCGGGGCCGUCAACCCCGGCAAGGAGCCGUGGUUCCUUGGCGUCAGCCGCCACCCCCGCCAACGCCGCCGUAUCAAACGCCGUACAGGUCCGUGGGUCCCCGUUAGGGCGCGUUAGUGAACUCUCUGACACGUCAGACAGACUCUCGGACACGUCACAUCGAGUCCAUGUACGGCAUCCUAGCGCCGCCACCGCUGCCUCUAUCGGCAACGAGACGAGACGUCGCGUCGGCAGCGGAACGCUCGGCGGCGCUCCGGGACCACCUAUCGACAGCGGAGGCGGAGGUGGAGGCGGAGGCGGCGGAGGCGGAGGCGACACAAGUGGCGCUGCGUUGGCGACGACGACGGCACCGGCUGACGUAUCAUCCCUGUUGGCAACGGAGGCGGGGCCGGCGCUGCUUGCCGCACUGACGGAGGCGGCGGAGGAGAAGUCCGUACAGGCCGGCGAUGGCAUCGCAACCGGCGGCAGUACUGCAGCCACAGGCAGUGGCGGCGGCGGCGGCGGCGGCGGCUUUCAGCCGUUGGGUCACCCGAUCAGCAGUUUAUUGAAUCGGCUGCGUCGCAAAGCGGCGGCGGUGGCGACGAGUACGGCAACAGCCGACGGCGCCGCCACGAGUGGCCCAGCGGCAGCGGCGGCGCAAGGCAACUCCCCGAAGGCCUUGGCGGCACAACCUGCGGGCGGCGGCGGUGGCGGCGGCGGCGGCGCAGCCAGAUCUUCCCUGGAGCAAUCCGCCGCCGGCGGGAGGGACGUUCCUGUGCUGGAGGACAGGCUGUCACAUAGUUUGGUGAUUGUGGCCGCCUCCAAUACCGGGCUGGUGCUGCUGGUGCUGGUCAUUUCAAUCGUCAGGAGUUGCAUGACGGAUCGGGCGGCGGCGCUGGAGGCGGCGGCGGCGGCGCGCCACGCCGCCCGAGGCGGCGGCACCGGGGGCGUGUUGGGCUUCCUGAUCAGUAACUUUGUAACGCCCACACUUCAGACGAUGGGAAUUACUCAUCGGGGGCCGGAAGACGGGGCUGGCGGCGGCGGGCGGAUGGGCCCUGGCGGUGGCGGUGGCGGCGGUGGCGGUGGCGGCCACGGCGGCGGUGCAAGUCCUGAGGCGGCAGGUUGGGGCUCCCGCCUGCGGUUGCUGUGGGCGACUAUUGGACGGGUCGCGGGAUUCGACACUGCGGAGGAUCAUCAGGGCGCUGCCGGUGGCGGCGGCGCUGGCGGCGGUGGGCCAGGCGGCGGCGGCGCCGGCAGCGGUGGGGGCCACGCCGGGCUGAUGCCCCACACCAGCGGGCACCCCGCGGGGCAGCCGUACGGCGAGUACGGCGAAUACGCAGCGGAUUUGGAAGCUGCCGCCGGGCAGACUGUAGCGGGCUCGCAUAUGCUAGACAAUCGGUCGCUAGGCGGCGGCGGCGGCGGAGCUAGUCCGUUCCUAACCCCGGGCAUGGGCGGCCCCGACUCGGGUGCGGACGCGAUGGUGGGUCUCGGUGGGGCCGGGGUUGCGGCGAUCGGUGGCGGUAGCGUCGGUACGCCACCGCCGGUUAGUGACCCAUGGGCCGCUAGCGGCGCAGGCAAUGGCGGGUACCCCCUGCCAGGAGGUACGGCGGCGCGGGAACGGACCCGUGGUUCAGCGUUGUCAAUGACGUACUUCUCCAACGUGCCCCCGCUGCAGCGCGUGGAAGCCGCGUACCCGGCCCUUUGA